AUGCCUUCAUAUGCUAAAUUUUUGAAGGAGUUCCUCACAAAGAAAACGAAGUACAUUGAAGAAGAAACCAUUGAAGUUCAAGGAAAUUGUAGUGAUAUCAUACAAAAGCUCUUACCUCCCAAGUUUAAAGAUCCAGGAAGAUUCACUAUUCCUUGCACUAUAGGGAAUAUCUUUGUUGGGAAGGCAAUUAUUGAUUUGGGAUCCAGUAUUAAUCUUAUGCCGCUUUCCAUGUUUGAAAAGAUUGAAGGGUUGGAACUCAAGCCUACUCGGAUGACUCUUCAACUUGUAGAUAUAUCUCUGAAAUAUCCUUAUUGUGUAGUUGAAGAUGUGCUUGUGAAGGUAGACAAAUUUCUUUUUCUUUUGGACUUUGUCAUCAUGGAGAUGGAGGAGGAUGUGAAUGUGCCUCUUAUUCUUGGGAGACCUUUUAUGAAGACAGUAAGAGUUUUGAUUGAUGUGGAAAAUGGAAAAUUGAAAGUGAGAGUACAAGAUGAAGAAGUAAAUUUUGAUGUCUUUAAAGCCGUGUCUCACCCAAAAGAUGAUAAAGAAUGCUUUCCUCUUGAUUCUCUUGAUGAGAUUUGCAUGAUACAAGAAAACAACGCAAGUAAUGAUCUUUCUUUGGAAGAGAUACUAGUUGACACUUGUGAAGAGUCAAAUGAAAAAUAA